CCGUGGCCACCAUCGUACGUCCAUCCUCACACCUUAAACCUUAGAACUAGUCUCUAUCACAUGACCUCCGUCGACAACCUUCAGCGGACCCGCCCCACAAAAGUGUGGGUCUCCUCUCCUCGAACUUGGUGAGAGGACCGCCAACAGAUAAAUAAAAACCCUCCCUUACCUUUCAUUUUCCUAUUCUUCUCUCAUGUUUCUAUGCCGACAGAGCUUCAAUUAUUAUCCUCCUCGGUGCCAAUCCACACACAACUGACGCCUAAGACUGAAUGAACUUCUCAUCCCCACCCAAGAUAGCCACCAUACAAUGUCGCCCACAACAACACCUACCCUUCCAAAGGGCUACGUGCUCCACGCGGGCUAUCCUCCCGUUUCCUCCUACAGGCAUCUCCGGUCCGCCUCGGGGCUAACCCCUCGAUCCGUCGCCCAAGCAGCGCCUGUCCCGUCCAAUUCCUGGUACGGAUGCUACAUCACGCACGACGACAACAAGCCCGUAGCAAUGGGACGAAUCAUCGGCGAUGGAGGAUGGUACUUCCACAUCGCCGACAUGGCUACCCUCCCAGAGCAUCAGCGUAAGGGGCUAGGAGAUGUGGUCCUCAAGGAAUUACUUGCUUACAUUGCUCGCAACGCGCCUUGUGAUGAGAAGGAGGGUGAGUACCCUUAUAUUACGCUUUUUGCGGAUGGGCCGGGCAGGAGGUUGUAUGAGAAGAACGGGUUCAAGGAGACGGCCCCGCGUUCAACUGGAAUGGUACUAUCAUAUGAUCGCGGGCUUGUUGUGCCUGGGCGGUGGGUAGGUAGGGAAGUAGUAACACCCGAGGAUGAUGAGAGUUGCUGCUGAGGAUGGGAGUAAGGGAUGGCGAAUAUGAGGCGACGGAUGUUUGACUAGGUAGGCACUCACCGGAGUUGUACGGUGUGGUAAUGACUGUGAAUAUAAACCAGGGAUUUCGCAUGCUCUACUUGCCUUUUACAUGUCUUCUUUCGUGAUU